GCUGAAGGAAACAUAAAACGCUUAGAAAAGACACAACGACUGCCAUAUUAUAAAUUUCUUCGUAAUAGUCUUCAAGGCCUCACUACAAUUCGCACAUUUAAAAAAGAAAAUGAUGUAUUGAGCAAAUUUCAAGAUUUCAUUGAUCGAAAUAAUGCUUGCCGAUUUUUCAAAAAUAUUUCUGCGAAGUGGUUUUCUAUAAGACUACAAGUUCUUACGACAGCUUGCUUAUUCGUUGCUGCAAAUUGCAUCGUCGUUUUAAAAGAUAAUGUAUCACCUGGCAUUGCCGGAUUGACAUUUAUAUAUGUAAUACAAAUACCAAGCAUUAUUCAAAUAAGUAUGAAAUAUAUUUUCAAAGCAAAACGUUACUUCGCAAGUGUGCAAAAUAUAUAUGACUACCUUCAUACACUUUCUUUUGAAAACAGUAAUAGAAUUCAAGCUAUAAUUCCCGACUAUAAAUGGCCAACAACGGGGUUAAUUCAAUUUGAUAAAGUGCAGUUGAAAUAUAAGGAUAAAACAGAUCUCAUUUUUGAUAAUAUUUCAUUUACAAUUAAUAAUUCGGAAAAAAUAGGGAUACUGUCUAAAACAGAUAUUUGCAAGACUUCGUUGAUUGAUAUAAUGUACAGAUUAUGUGAAUUAAAUGAUGGUAAAAUAUAUGUUGAUUCAAUUGAUAUAUCACAAAUUGAUAUCAAACAUUUGAGAAAUCAGUUAUUUACCGUACCUCAAAAUCCAAUAUUUUUUGGUACAAUCAGAUUUUUCUUAGAUCCAAAAACACGAUAUACAGAUGCAGAAAUUUGGAGUGCUUUAGAGAAAGUACAUUUGAAAGAUAAAGUAUCAUUAAUAGCUUCCCAACUUCAUUAUCUAAUUGUUGGGAAGACCUUCAGUAUAUGUGAAAAACAAUUGUUUUUUCUUGCAAAAGCUCUUCUCCAUCAUAAAAAAAUUGUUCUGUUAGAAGAGAACACUACGAGUGAACCGAAAGCAAUGGGGUUGAUUCAUCAAAUCCUCGAUAAAGAAUUCUCAAGCAUAACUGUCCUUAUAGUCGCCCAUUAUUUGAGUACGGUAUUACCGUGUAAUCGGAUUUUGGUAAUGGACAAUGGUCGGGUUCUAGAAUUUGAUAACCCAUCGACGCUAAUGAAUAAUCAAGCUUCAAACUUGAGAAAAAUGUGGAGAGACGGGGAGACUGUCGAAGGGACUUGAAAUACAAGUAUACUUUAGAUCUAGUUAGGAAGCAAC